UAAACGACGCCGGUUGAUGAGUUUCUUAGUUGGUGGUCGGCUUCAGUUGACUGUAAAAGAUAUAUUUUAAAAAUUGCGUAUAAAAUUACUACCGAUUUAACGUGUUUGAAGUGUGAACAACGACGUACUUCAUUUUAAAAUUAUUGCUGACGCUUCUGUGUAAUUUGAUAUACAAAUUUGUCAUUGGCGUGACAAAAAACUUUCAAUAGAUAAAAGAUUUUGAAUGUAUGUACUUAUCACUUCCCACUCGUUCAUUGAAACUGAUAAGUUAUCUUAAACAAAUGAGCUCAAUUCACAAAUACAUUUACAAAGUUAGAACUUUUAUCAGCAAUGCUCUGUAGAUAAAGAUACUAUAGAUACUAUGCUAUCAGUUAUUGGAAAGGCUCAAAUAAUAUAAUGAAUGCUAUCAGUUAUUGGAAAGGCUCAAAGCUUGACGGUAUGAAUUUUGCAUAGAAGUUAAACACAAUUAGCACGGAACAAAUGUUAGAAUGAGAUAAAUCACAUGAGUUAAAAAAAAAAAUGCGAAAUAUAAAAAAUCUUAAAGAUCCAACGUGGAUUGGUCGACAGACAUUGUUGUUUAUAUUUUGCAUCAGCGUUUUGGGUGCAGGUAGUGAAAUACAAGCGAAUUUGCUUGGAAAACGAACUCGCCGUGACUACAAUGGAAACAACAUUAAUGACGGACAACUGCAAAAUGUAACUUGUGAUUUCCAUGAAACUAAGUUUUCUUGCAACUGCAAAAAUUCCAGACAGUCUAUGCAGCUGCCCCAUCUAAUUGGAUAUGCUUAUCAGGUAGAAGUCAGUAACUGCAAUUCGUUAACUGUUAAUGCCAAUGCUCUGGAGGAUACACAAGGGCUGCGGAAAAUCAAAUUUAAGGACAUCGACAACUUAACAUUAAAAAAAUUUGCUCUUGCUUUUCCUCGUUAUGCAAGCAAUACGCCGUUAAUAGUAGAAUUCGAAAAGGUGAAUUUCGAAUUAAUAGAUUCGCAUGCGAUAAAUGGCAAUAUUGAAGAAAUAUCCUUUAUUGGUGGACGCAUUGGUGUUAUAAAUCCAUUUGGUUUUACAACGCUCAAGGAUCGUGCCAUAAUUUUAAAAAUGGAAAAUGUGCUUGUGAAGAAAAUUGAACCCCAAGCUUUUAAGAAAUUUGCAGUUGAGCAAAUGGAAAUCACAAAUUGCGUAUUCGAACAAAAUGUGCCAUCAAAAGCGUUUUACGAAUUGGAAAUACUAAACUCACUUCACAUUCACAACGUAAAAUUUAGAGAAGUUCAUACGCGAGCUUUUUCCUUUAAAAUGAUCUCUAAAUUGAUAAUAACAAAUAAUUACUUUGAAGCUGUUGAUGGAGAAUGGAUCGAGGCUUAUGUGCGUGAUAAUGUCAUUGUCAGGGAAAACUACUUUGGCCGAACUAGCGUAAUUGCAUUCAAAGGUAUAAGAGUUCAUCGAGAUUAUAUGUCGAGUGAAAGUCUUGAACUCCGUCUAGCAAACAACACUAUCAUAUCACCAUAUGAGCAGCCACGUGCUCUCGAGUUUACCGAAGCAUUUGCAGUUAAUAUAAAGCAACUGCGCUAUGAGAACGAGUUCGAUUGCAAGGACUUGGAUAUAACGCAGAAGCCGCCAAAGCCUAGAAAUCAAUUCUUUCUGUCAAAUAUUGACAAUAUUUUCUUUUACAAAAUGGGUUUUAACACUUCACAUGAUGCCAAUAAUUAUAACCAAAGUUUUGUAGUCUUAGGCAAAAUAAUCGAGAAGGACUGCCAGCAGCGCUCUUAUUUAUUAUAUAAAGUUUUAGGUAUUGUAGGUUCAGUUUUAUUACUUCUCAUCAUAGCAAUCAGUGUUUGGAUAUAUUUCGUUAAGAAGCGUAGACGAAGGAAAUUAGAUGUGGUCAUACCAGAGCCACGCACCUAUAAGGAAACACAAAUUGUAUACCAAAUUGAAAAUGCUGGCCUUCUUAAGACUGAUUUGUAAGAGUUUAAUUUUUAAACCAAACUAAUAAAGCAAGCGCAGAGAACUAAUUAGGUAAUAUGAAUAGUUAUUUUAUAUACUUAUGUGCUUACGUCUUACGAAAAGCUAUUAUUUCUGAGUACUAUGAAUUGAACCGUUUAAACUGCUCUACCAAAUUUAAGUUAGUAAUUUAAUU